UGUGAUCACACACAGAGAGCGACACAGCCACACCUUGAAACUACCUGAGCCCAAGGAGAAGGGGAGGAAAACUCCAGACAAACAACAUCAGGAGGAGAAAAGGGGAAGGGAAGCGAACCGAAGUGCAGGACCUAAGUGGGAGGGUAACCUAAGGGGCAAGGAAGUGCUGUACUCAGAGACCCUUGUCGUUCCCACAACUGGCUUCACCUGGUCGGCGAGUUUCAGCUGAAACUGAUCAGCCAUGGACUCAGGUUCCUGAGCUACUCAGCCACCAGGAAGGACUUUGUACACCGCAGCAGGAACAACAGCUCUGUGCGCUGGGAUCGAAAACGUUGAAUUGUUUGGGGUGCAAAUUCCAUCCCCACGAUUUCUCAGACCUCCCUAAAAAAAGAGGCGGGGGAGGAAACCAUGAAGAACCAUCGGCUUUCCGAAGAAAGAAAAAUGAAUGAUUAUCAACUUCCCCCAGGACAGAAACUGGAAACCUCGGAUUCAGGGCUGAAGUACAACAAUAGAAAAGAGGAUAUAAACGGCCUGGAGGAGGGGGUGGAGUUCCUCCCCACCAUGAAUGCCAAGAAGGUGGAGAAACGCGGCCCAAAGCGAUGGGUGGUGGUGUGUGCUGUGCUGCUCGUCUUUCUGCUCGUCUCCCUCAUCGUCGGCCUCCUGGUGUGGCACUUCAAAUACCGGAGAACCCCUGUCCAGAAGGUUUACAAUGGCCACCUAGUGAUUGUGAAUAUGAACUUCAUUGAUGCCUACGAGAACUCCAGCUCCCCCGAGUUUGCCGUGCUCUCGAAGAAGGUGCAGCAGACGAUCGAGGAGAUCUAUAAAAAUAACCGAGACAUUGGCCCUUAUCACAAGAAGACAGGAAUAACUGCAUUCAGUGAGGGCAGUGUGAUUGCCUAUUACUGGUCGAAGUUCAUCGUCCCGGCAUACAGGGCCGAGGCGCUCGACAAGGCUAUGGCUGACAAGCAGAGUCUGAUCCAAACGGUGGACUACAGGGCACGGAACCCUGUGCUGCAAGUCAAUUCGAUUGUUGCUUUCCCUGCUGAUUCCAGUAUAAUGUGGUCACAAAGAGACAAGAGCUGCAGUUUUGCCCUACACGCCAAGGAAGGUGAGAUCACGAGCUUCACUACCCCGGGUUUUCCCAACAGCCCGUACCCGAACAAUGCUCGUUGCAUUUGGGUCCUGAGGGCCGACGCUGACUCUAUCAUCAGCCUUACCUUCAAGACCUUUGAUGUGGAAGGCUGCAGCGAAGGGAGCGACUUUAUCAGGGUCUACAACUCCCUGAGCCCCGUGGAACCUCACACCCUUGUGACGCUGUGCGGCAGUUACCCUCCAUCCUACAACCUGACCUUCCUGUCCUCCCAGAAUGUCAUGCUGGUCAUGCUGAUCACCAAUGCUGAGGGGCGGAAUCCUGGCUUCAAGGCAGAGUUCUUCCAGCUCCCGAAGGCUAAAACCUGCAGCAAGACUUUGAAAGGACAAAGUGGAACCUUCACCACCCCUUACUACCCGGCCCACUAUCCGCCCAACACAGAUUGUGUCUGGGACAUAGAGGUUCCAUCUACAAAGAACGUGAAGGUGCGUUUCAACCUGUUCUACAUAUUGGAACCUGGUGUCCCGGUCAGUUCCUGCACCAAGGAUUAUGUGGAGAUCGGCAAUACCAAGUACUGUGGCGAGCGCUCCCAGUUUGUGGUGGCAAGUAACAACAACAAAAUCACAGUCCGGUUCCAUUCAGACCAGUCGUACACAGACACUGGCUUCUCGGCAGAGUUCCUGUCUUACGAUUCCAGUGACCCCUGUCCUGGCAAGUUCACCUGCAACACUGGCCGCUGCAUUGAUAAAGUCAUGCGCUGCGACGGCUGGGUAGACUGCACGGAUGGCAGCGACGAGCGCUCCUGCAAUUGCACCAAGGAGCAGUUCAGGUGUAAUAACAGCUGGUGCAAGCCACGCUUCUGGCUCUGCGACGGUGUGAAUGAUUGUGGGGACAACAGCGAUGAGCUGCAGUGCAAAUGCCCAGAUAAGAACUUCAAGUGCAGCAAUGGGAAAUGCAUCCCUGAAACCCAGAAGUGUGACGGCAAGGACGACUGCGGGGACGGGAGCGACGAGGGCACCUGCAGCAGAGUGGUGUCUGUCGCCUGCAAGGAUUACACCUACAAGUGCCGCAACAGCGUGUGCCUGAGCAAGACCAACCCGGAGUGCGAUGGGACAAAGGAUUGUGCUGAUAACUCGGAUGAGGAGAGCUGUGACUGUGGCAUCCGCUCUUACAGCAAGAAGACCCGGAUCGUUGGCGGGCAGGACUCGGAAGUGGGCGAGUGGCCGUGGCAGGUCAGCCUGCACGUGAAAGGCCAGGGGCAUGUCUGUGGAGCCUCGCUGAUAUCGGACAAGUGGCUGGUUUCAGCAGCACAUUGCUUCCAAGACCAGGGGACAAUCAGUUACUCGAACCCCAAGCUUUGGACGGCCUUUCUAGGGCUUCAUGACCAGAGUGACCGGAAUAACAAGAUGGUGCAAGAGCGGAGCAUCAAGAGCAUCAUCGCCAACACCCAAUUCAACGACUUCACCUACGACUACGACAUCGCUGUGCUGGAGCUGCAGAGUCCUGUCGAAUUCACCACCACUGUCCGGCCCGUCUGCCUACCUGAUGCCACCCAUGACUUCCCUUCUGGCAAGGAAAUCUGGGUGACUGGAUGGGGGGCCACCUCGGAAGGAGGUGCUGGUGCCACCAUCCUGCAGAAGGCAACGAUUCGAGUGAUUAACCAGACCAUGUGCAGCACACUGCUGAGCAACCAGAUAACACCACGCAUGAUGUGUGUGGGGAUCCUGACAGGGGGUAUCGAUGCCUGCCAGGGGGACUCGGGCGGGCCGUUGGUUAGCGUGGAGGACAGCAGCAGGCUGUUUCUGGCUGGUGUGGUCAGCUGGGGAGAUGGCUGCGCCCAGCGGAACAAACCAGGAGUCUACACUCGGGUCUCCAAGCUGCGGGACUGGAUCAAGAAGCACACCGGGAUCUAGGAGGGCUCCAGCAAGGGGCUCUAGAUCCAGAUGGACACACAGGGCAGGCGGUGCCUCUCGCGUUCGGCUCUGGGUCUCUUUCAAGCCGGUGGUUGAAGACACUCCCAGCUGAUGUGAAGGGAAUCGCGCGCGUGUGUGCGUGUGUGUGUCGUUUUCUCCCCUCCCCCAUGGGACUGGACCAGCGGGAUGCCUGGCCUGUUCGAAUGCAGGGGGGGAAGGAGUCGGCAGCUCGGAUCCUUCCCUGUAUUCCCUCCCCUCCUCCUUCAGGGAGCUGCCCCUAAUGUGAACUUAACCCCUACCUCUGGUGAGCAGGAACCUCUAAAGGGAGAGCGUAGGAAUCCCACCUCUCCUCCCAUCUCACCUCAGCAUGAACUGUGAUGGGCGGACGUUCUGGAGGGAGUGAGGAGAAAACCCUGCUCAUCCUAUCCAAAGGGACAGGGCUGCAGCAGCCACCAGGAGGUGCUGCACCAAGGACAUGCUUGUCCAUAUGUAAAGUGGGGCUGUGUAAUUGUGCGCGUGUAUUUCCAGAACUGCCCAGUGUCUAGCAGAGCUGGGUGUUUUUUAAAAAAUUUUAUUUUGAUGAAUCCUUUGUUUCCGACCCUGAAAUUGAUAUGCUGGUGAGAUGGAAAUUCCUUGUAUUCCAAUCUUCCACCUGCUCCUUCCGGCCUGUUGUGUCCAGACACCCGCUUAGAGGGCGCGGGAGGGAUAUGCAGCUUGAGUCAUCACUAAACUCCCAUUCAACCCCCACUCUCUGGUCCUAGCAGCCACCUAGGUCCGGUUUAGAUGGACUUUUAGAUACUCGUUUUUUUAACCAUGUUUUUGGUUGUUUUCAGAGCACGUUUAAUUGUGAGGAGCUCCAAUCCCCCCAACAAUGCUGCAUGGGGCAGGUUAGAUGUCUGUAUUGGUUGCCUACUGUUGAAUGACCCCCGCAAAAACUCCUCUCGAGGACUCCAAUAAAACACUUUUAUACAAGAGGUUUAAUAUCGAGAGGUAAAAUCUCCCCUGAUUGGUAGAUCUCAAAGCUGACCCUGCUUGCUGAGCACUAGGCUUGUGUACCUUGCGCACUAAGGGAUCUAUCACAUAGGGGGAUGGAUCUACAGAGCCUGCAUCUCCUUGUGAGGGGGGGGUCAUGCCUAAAUUUAAACACAGAGGUUUGGCCCACCAAUCUCAGCAUGCUGCUCAGAUCCAUGCAGGGCACUGCCUUCUGGGUCUUGAGGUUUCUCGGCGAGGUUCGUCACAGAUCCACAAGGAAAUGCACUGUAGCCUCUGUUGAGGGGCAUCUGGGGGUCACAUUGCAGAAUUCCAGAUGAGCCAGUUGCUAGUAAGUUGCAGGGUGAACUUUGUCGUCCCCCCCCCCCCCCCCCCGUCUUGUUUUUCACAAGAAUGGUUUAAAUGUAUCCACUGGAGAGUAUGUAUGUGUGCGCGCUCGCGCAUUAUCUCUCUUCUGACCUGUUCAAGGUCAGAUUGGCAUUGCCACAAUGUGCCUUAAUUGUAAGAAGUGAAGUGUGAUCUCGUUAGCUGGCUGUGAAACCCCACACCUGUCUAUGGGAUGUGAGUGCCUCCGUCCUUUACCUGGUUCUUUAGUCCUUGCAGGAGGCCGAAGCCUCAGGUACCAUAUGAGAUUGUGGAGACAAAGGGUCACACGGUGGUUGCUCUUCACGGUACCCCAAAGUAGGCCCCCAGGCAGUGCGUUGAGAUCCUGAGCAUGGGGAGGACCCUGUAGCUCUUAUGGGGACCAGUGGGAAGACUCUCUAAUGCCUUUGGGCAGGACGUAGGCAGGGCAUGGACUGGGCGUCCCAAAAGGAGACUUCUGGCUGCUUGGGAACAUGACUGCAAGCCCUGCUGUGUGUGUGUAGUGGUGAUCUAAUAGAAGUUAUUCUGUGGUUGGCUAGCAUCGCUAAGGGGACAAGGUGAGAGUAGAGACCUGUAGGUACCUGUGAAUGGCCCCUCUAGGAAUCUUUGGUACUUCCCUCCUCUUGCCAGUGCUGAGCCCUGAUCCUGGAAUUGCUGGCACCUGGCUCAUUGCAGGAUCAGGCAGCAAUCUGCCAGGAGAGAGCGGAGCUGAUAAGCGUGUAAAACCAUUUGCUUGUAUGAACAGCUUGCUGUAGCCCUAGUAGAGAGUGUUGCUGUUUUAGGAAAUGUCUCUGCCUGGCCCUGGUCCUUGAUGCAAGCUGGGCUGGGGUAAGGGGGGGAGAGGAGGUGCUUGAUGGCUUUUUAAUCUUUUAUUUUUUUUAAAAGGAAUGUUGCAAAAUGAUUUCAAAUGUGCUGAUUUUUGAUCUGGUUUCCUUCUGUAUAUAUUGCUCCCUACCGUAGUGUUGUACAUACUUCAGAGUGAAGGAAGCAGGCCUUUCCUGCUCAGCUUAACCUUCUUCUACACUUGUUUGUUGUAAAGUCACUUUUGUAAAGAUCUGAAUGAAAUGGAGAGGCUUGGAGAAAAUCUGUAUUAAACUGGGGAUUUUUGUAUUAUUCUGAA